UUGGUUGAAUUUGUAUCAAUUUCUAUUUCGUAAAAUGCAAAUAAUGAAUCUGCAAAGGCCCAUCACAGAGUUUAGCCCAUAGAGAUUAAGCUGCGCCAGCACACAGGGGAUACUUUGCACAUCAUAUAAAAAGGUCCUGCCUUCAAUUUUCAAAAACCCCUGUGAAUUUUCAGAAAAACCCUAGGGAAAUCUGAGCGGCAAUGGCGAUUCCCGAAGAACUCAUGAUCGACAUUUUCUCACGUCUCCCUGCAAAAUCCGUCGGCAGGUUCAGGUGCUUAUCGAAGCUAUGGCGCGAGAUACUCUCCACCCCUGAAUUCAUCAAAUCCCACCUCAAUCUCCAAACCAACCCCCAACAAAACCUCCUCCUCGUCGCCGCACUGAACACGAUCCACACAAUCUCCGACGUAAAAAACGGCACCGUUUCGAGAAAGAUCCAGCUGAUUGAUGAAUGGGAAGAGGCUAUCGGCUCGUGCGACGGUCUCGUUUUGCUACUAAACGAGAAAAGUGAGAAGAUUUUGGUGAAUCCGAUUACUCUGCAGAAGGAAAAAAUACCCGAUCCGCCUCUAGCUUUGAACAAGACCGAAAGCCAUAGCAUGCACGGAUUCGGCUAUGAUGGUUCGAUCGAUGAUUACAAGAUUGUCGUCGUUUCUUACUACGAUACCGACGAGUACUACCCGGAUAAUUUCGAUACGUUUGUGGAUGUCUAUUGCGUGAAGAAGGGUGUUUGGAAGAGGGUUGAUAAUUCUCCGUACGAUCUUUCUUCUGCUAGACGGUGCACCGGUGCUUGUGUGAGUGGAGCUGUGCAUUGGUUGGCUCCUAGUAAAAAACAGGGGGAUUAUCGGUCUGUGAUCGCUGCAUUCGAUUUGGCACGUGAGGUGUUCGAUGAAAUUCCUGUUCCAAAUGAUGUGUCGAUGGAUUCCGGGUGCUAUCAGCUUGUGGUGCUUGGGGGAUGUCUUUGUAUAACGGAUGCUGGAAGAAGCCUUCACCAGGAUAAUAACAAGACGGAUAUUUGGAUUAUGCACGAGUAUGGUAUGGCAGAAUCUUGGACGAAGUUCACUAUAGAUUGCGGUUACGAAUGGUCUAUGUUGAAGCCUUUGUGCUACAUUGGAGAUGAGGAAGUUGUGCUGAUUUGUGAAGGUGGAGAAGUAUUGCUUGUUUACAAUCUGAAAGAGAAGAGUUUGAAGAACAUGGUUGUUGAUGGAGCUUCGGCUUACGUUCUCGAUGGGUGCGUCUUUGUGGAGAGCCUUCUCUCUCCUUGUUUUGGUGCGCCUUAAAAAAUCUUGGCGCUCGAAGGAAAGAACAAGAGAAAUCCCAAUUAGCAACAGAGAUUUGUGAGUUAUUGACACGCGCCACCACUUGUGCAAAUCUUCAC